AAAGUAGUUUAUGUGAGAAAAUGGCAGGUGAUAUGGAAGUUUUGUAGAUUGUCGUGUUGAAUAAAAAUAUUGUCAAAUAUCUCUCAGCAUAAUGAAGGUUUAAUUUCAUUUUUAAUUUUUAUAAUGUCAAUGACGAUUUUUAAAUCAAGGCCUAAUUCUUGUUUAAAUUGUGUUCAUUUUACCGAGAAGAGGUAACUGAGUGAUUAGGUCGUCGACUUCCAACUUGAAUUAAAAACGUUGUUCUAUUUUAAUAAGAAGUAACAGCGGAAACUGCAGUUUCCUCUAAGGCAGGACUGAGGAAGGUUAAAAAUUGACAACGUGUGGGGCUGGGCUUCCCCUCCUCUGCGACUGCAAGCGCCACGCAGUAGGAUGGGAGAGCUGGUGUUGGACAGAGACAGAGACAGAGAGCGGGCUCCGUCGCCGGCCAGACUCGCACACACGUCAGAGAAACAUCCCCGUGGGACACUCACCGAGCUGAACGUGCUCCGCCGGCACCGGGAACUGUGUGAUGUCGUCCUCAAUGUUGGCGCUAGGAAGAUAUUUGCUCAUCGGGUCAUACUGUCGGCAUGCAGUCCAUAUUUCCGAGCCAUGUUCACCGGAGAACUGGCAGAGUCAAGGCAGACCGAAGUGACUAUCAGGGACAUUGACGAAGUGGCGAUGGAGCUUCUCAUUGACUUCUGCUACACUUCGCAGGUCGUCGUCGAGGAAGCUAAUGUACAGACGCUUCUGCCUGCCGCCUGUCUACUUCAGUUGGCGGAGAUUCAAGACAUCUGUUGUGAGUUUCUGAAGAGACAGCUGGAUCCGUCCAAUUGUCUGGGUAUCAGGGCGUUUGCGGAUACUCAUUCCUGCCGCGAACUUCUCAGGAUUGCCGACAAGUUCACACAACACAAUUUCCAAGAGGUCAUGGAGAGUGAAGAGUUCCUACUGCUGCCUGUGGGUCAACUGGUUGACAUAAUAUCCAGUGAUGAGCUGAAUGUGAGGUCGGAAGAGCAAGUGUUCAGCGCCGUCAUGUCGUGGGUCAAGUACAACGUUUCCGAGAGGCGACAGCAUCUUGCACAGGUCCUGCAGCACGUAAGACUUCCACUGUUGAGUCCCAAGUUCCUGGUGGGAACGGUGGGGUCAGAUCUGUUGGUGAGGAGCGAUGAGGCGUGCAGAGAUCUGGUCGAUGAGGCCAAGAACUACUUGUUGUUGCCCCAGGAGCGACCACUCAUGCAAGGGCCCAGAACCAGGCCCAGGAAACCCACCCGGCGUGGAGAAGUCCUUUUUGCAGUGGGCGGGUGGUGUAGCGGAGAUGCCAUCGCGUCUGUGGAAAGGUUCGAUCCGCAAACAGUCGACUGGAAGAUGGUUGCGCCGAUGAGCAAGAGACGUUGUGGCGUGGGAGUGGCAGUACUGAACGAUUUGCUGUAUGCAGUUGGCGGCCAUGACGGCCAGUCCUAUCUAAACAGCAUUGAAAGGUACGACCCCCAGACUAACCAGUGGUCAUGUGAUGUGGCUCCUACUACAUCCUGCAGGACCAGCGUAGGAGUGGCAGUCUUGGAUGGAUUCCUGUACGCUGUGGGAGGUCAGGACGGAGUGCAGUGCCUCAAUCAUGUUGAGAGAUAUGACCCUAAGGACAACAAAUGGGGCAAGGUAGCUCCGAUGACAACAAGGAGACUUGGAGUGGCUGUAGCUGUCCUUGGAGGGUAUCUGUACGCCAUCGGAGGAUCUGACGGCCAAUGCCCUCUCAAUACAGUGGAAAGGUACGACCCCAGACAGAACAAGUGGACACCCAUGUCUCCAAUGUCUACGCGGCGUAAACACCUAGGCUGCGCAGUGUUCAACAACCUGAUCUACGCGGUGGGCGGCCGCGACGACUGCAUGGAGCUCUCCAGCGCAGAACGCUACAAUCCUCACAGCAACACUUGGUCUCCGAUAGUAGCCAUGACGUCACGGCGUAGUGGGGUGGGCUUGGCGGUGGUGAACGGACAACUGUACGCAGUGGGAGGCUUCGACGGCACGGCGUACCUGAAGACCAUCGAAGUGUACGACCCGGAACAGAACCAGUGGAGGUUGUGCGGUGCGAUGAACUAUCGGCGGUUGGGGGGAGGGGUCGGUGUGAUGCGGGCACCACAGACUGAGAACUACUUCUGGUGAUGUCGGUUGGCCAUCUACGUGAUAAUCAUAAGCCAACAGAAUAGCUUCCUGUGUUAAUAAAAACUGUUGUCUUAUUUUAAAGAGCUGUGUAUAUUAAAAUUUGCUAUAUCUAAGUUAUUUAGCUUGGCGUGCAAUCACCGAAUUAAAAUUGCCUGGAGAACAAAUACUACUAAUUGUUUUUUAUGUGUAUUAUAGGCAGAUUGAUAUUAAAUCAAGUACUUUAUAGAUUACUGUAAAAUAAUGCCGAAUUAUAUGUUUACUUGUUUUCA